UGCUCAUCAUUCCGGUAAAACAGAACUUUGAGUUCCUUUUCAAAACAAACUUAAGACUUAAGGGUGUUUGACCAGUAAUGCCAAACACCCACCUGUUUGAUCAUUCAACAUUCUUAACUUUGUCGUCGUCCUCAUCUAGUACAACUCAUUGCAAGUUCAAGCCAUGACUAUGAGCUGCUUUGGUCCAUUGUUUCGUUGGAAGCCUCCUUCUCGACGCAAGGUACGUAUGCUCUUUGACUUGGACGACAUACGCUUCUUUCUUCUGAAAAAUAUAUUGUUGAACCUGCAAAGAGAACCAAAGACAUACUACUCAAUAUGAGAAAAGGAAGACCCCGUUCAUGUCAAGUUUUGUUGCAUUUAGCUAUUCAUCAUUUCCAUGAAAACAAUAACGUUGUUAUAAUCACAGUUAGAAAGGGAACGAAAGGCUCUAACCGGCCCAAGAGUCUUCCCUCGAAACAGAAUGUCACCAAAAGCACACCAGCAGAUGACUCUUAUGGAGUUGCAGGAAAUUCUGCUCUGACGAUGGCGCUUAGGAAGAAGAUCGUGACCUUCAGGGAUGUCAUGGACCUGCCAACAUGUAAUGCUUCUUCACCCAUAAAUCAGCUGGUGAUGGGGUUGAUGCUUGAUCUCCAAAAGCUCUACCCUGAAAUUGUACGUCGUAGUCAAUUAUCAGAAAUGAAGGGAGCAUCUACAGAAAAGAUCCUGGCCUCCUUCUGCAAUGCACUGAAAUCUAUUGGAGAUUCAUGGAUGACAAACCAUGACAGGUUGGACAAACUGAGAUAUGAUAUGCCAUCAUUUAAAGAGAAUGCCAAUUGGGACCAACACGUUGGAACCGUGUUGGCAACACUUGAGUGCUUGAUUAAGAUGGCAAGGGACAAGUUUGAUAUGAUGGACGAGGAUGAGCAGAAGAGCAACUGCAGCCCUCGCGGUAACUCAUUUGGGAGAUUCUUAGGCGACACCGAUUCAGAGAGUUACACCUCUAGCUGCCCUUCUCCAAUCACACCAUCCUCUGUCCUUCCUGAGGUGAUAGAUAGUGGUUCCCCCAAAUCUCAAAGGAGAUCGAAAGCUUCUUCCAGAUCACCCGUUCUCUUGACUUUAAGAGUGCAGGCAGUGGGGAAACUCAACCCAAUUGAUGUUAAGCAUUUGUCUCUUCACUUAUCAAAUGAAGGAGCCUCUGAUAAAAGUAACAAAUUGGUUGAUGAACCAUCAAGAGAGACAGUGGAAAGCAGCUCUGAGAAGUCAUCAGAGGAAGAAAACAGAUGUAGCAGCACAAGAGAGGACACAGCAGAGGUCCCAAAUCCAAGUUUGAAUGAGAAUGAUAGCAGAACUGUUAUAAUAGACAACAGAAACUGUGAUGAUGUUGGCAUUUCAACCACAACCCCUGAAACUUUGGCAGAAGAUAUAACAGAAUUGCCUCCACCCUCACCACCACCAAAUCUCACAACAACAAUACCUGUAACUCCACCACCACCACCACCAUCACUACCCACAUUGCAGCCAAAGGCUGCUGCGGCGCCUCCCUCACCGCCAACAACACUGCCUGUAUCACCAUCACUGCCCACGUUGCAGCCAACUGUUGCAGCACUACCACCCCCGCCCCCACCGCCACCACCAACAUUAGCACCACUAAAUGCAGCACCACCUCCACCUAAGGCACUGCGAUCAACAAAAGCUGCUCCACCACCAUCACUACCCACAUUGCAGCCAAAGGCUGCUGCGACACCCCCUCACCACCACUACCACCAACACUGCCUGUACCGCCAUCACUGCCCACGUUGCAGCCAACUGUUGCAGCACCGCCACCCCCACCACCAAUUAACACCACUAUAUGCAGCACCUGCUAGGCAGUCACUGCCACCUCCACCUAAGGUACUGGGAUCAACAAAAGCUGCUCCACCACCGCCACCACCUCUGCCCAUGGAACCAGGAUCAACAGCAGCAGGUCCACCAACCCCACUACCGAUGCCGGUUGCAACUGCAUCUGCUCCACCACCCCCACCACCCUUGCUGGUUGCAAAUGGAGCUGCUCCACCACCCCCACCACCCAUGGGGAGGCCUGCAAAUGGAGCUGCUCCACCCCCACCUCCUGCACUUGGUGGAAGAUCCUUACUUAUGAAGAAAUCAAAUACUAAAUUGAAGAGAUCAUCCCAAAUGGGAAGUCUGUAUCGGACUCUAAAGGGGAAGGUGGAAGGGUCAAGCUUGAAUGGUAAAUCAUCCAAUGGGAGAAAGGGUGGAGCAGCUGGGAGCAGCGCAGCAGGUGGUAAAGGAAUGGCUGAUGCUCUAGCAGAGAUGACAAAGAGAUCAGCAUACUUUCAACAAAUUGAAGAAGAUGUUCACAAAUAUUCAAAGGCUAUAAUAAAUAUGAGAACUACCCUGAGUUCUUUCCAAACAAAAGACACGAAUGAGCUGUUAGAGUUCCACAAGAAAGUAGAAUCCAUUCUUGAAAACUUGACUGAUGAGACACAGGUUUUAUCAAGGUUUGAAGGAUUCCCUACAAAAAAGUUAGAAACAAUGAGGGCAGCAGUAGCACUCCACUCACAGCUAAAUGCAAUGAUCACUGAACUACACAAUUGGAAAAUAGAGGCUCCCCUAGGUCCUCUCCUUGACAAGAUUGAACGUUAUUUCACCAAGAUCAAAGGAGAAAUAGAUAAACUGGAGCGAACAAAAGAUGAAGAAAUUAAGAAAUUUAAGAGUCAAAAUAUCCACUUUGAUUUCAAUAUCCUCAUCCGGAUAAAAGAAGCAAUGGUGGAUGUUUCCUCAGGCUGCAUGGAGCUGGCACUAAAGGAAAGGUUGAUGCAGGAAAGAAGAGAAGCAAAGGCCAGUGGAGAGGCACAAACUACUGGAACCAAAACUGAGAAAAAACAAUUGAAGAUAUGCAUUAAAAUGCUGUGGAGGGCUUUUCAGUUUGCCUUCAAGGUCUAUACCUUUGCUGGUGGACACGAUGAUCGUGCCGACAUGCUCACAAGAGAACUAGCUACUGAAAUUGAGUCUGACCCCUACCAGCACUGAACCUAACAUCCUUAUUCCCCAUACAUGAUCUAAUAGUACUCCUUAUAACAUAACCAAACAAAACGGAAAAAAAAAAAAAAAAAAAAAACAGAAACUGUGGCAUUUGAUCAGAUGCUGAUCGAAGCAUUUUUUGGUGUCGCAACACAUUGUAAAUACUUUGUGCAUUGGAGUUGUGUUUUUGAAUUAGGAUUUAGUUAGAACAACUUCCAGGUUAAUAUUAUAAGAGCUGUAUAUCCUAGUACUUCACAUUGUAAAUACUCUAUGUGAGAUAAAGAUUUUGUAUUUCA